AUGUGGCUGUGUGAUUUGUGUCUGUGGCUCGAUCCAAGGGGAAUGCUGCUUUUUAUUUUUGCCGUUCUCCUCCUAGUGUAUUUUCAGAGCAAAAAGGAUCCACCCAACUUUCCACCAGGACCACCAUCUCUCCCUCUUUUAGGAAACAUAUUCAACAUUGAAUCUAAACAGCCUCACGUUUACCUUACCAAGCUAGCUGAUGUUUACGGGAAUGUGUUCUGCAUACGUCUGGGAAGACACAAAACAGUGUUUGUGUCUGGGUGGAGAAUGGUGAAGGAAGCCUUAGUCACACAGGCCGACAACUUUGUGGACCGGCCUUACAGCCCGAUGGUGACCAGAAUUUAUUCAGGGAACUCAGCCGGGCUUUUCUUCAGUAAUGGGAAUGUGUGGAGGAGACAGCGGCGUUUUGCCAUGGCCAUGUUACGUACCUUUGGUCUGGCCAAGAGCUCCAUGGAGCAGAGCAUCCUCGAGGAGAGUCAUCAUCUGCAGGAGGCAAUGGAGAAGGAGAAAGGUGAGCCGUUUGACCCUGUGCCCCUCUUAAACAACGCCGUGGCCAACAUCAUCUGCCAGAUAGUGUUUGGGAGACGGUUUGACUACAGUGACCACAACUUCCAGAGCAUGCUGAGGAAUCUGACUGAGAUGGCCUAUCUGGAGGGCUCCAUAUGGGCUCUACUUUAUGAUGCGUUCCCAGCACUGAUGAAACACCUGCCGGGGCCUCACAACGGCAUCUUCAGCAACUCCCAAUGUCUGGAGGCAUCUAUCAGGGCAGAGGUCGAGAGGCACAAGUUGGAUCUGGACCCCAGCAACCCACGAGAUUACAUCGACACCUUCCUGAUAGAGGAGAAACACACCAGGAACAGUGACCUUGGUUUUACCGAAGGCAACUUGGUUCUGUGUUGUCUGGAUCUGUUCCUGGCUGGAAGUGAAACCACUUCUAAGACUCUGCAGUGGGGCCUCAUCUACCUCAUCAAGAACCCUCAUAUCCAGGACAAAGUCCAGGCAGAGAUAGACAGAGUGAUCGGACAGACCCGACAGCCCAGUAUGGCAGACAGACCCAACCUGCCCUACAGCGACGCCGUCAUCCAUGAGAUCCAGAGGAUGGGAAACAUCGUUCCUCUCAAUGGACUCAGAAUGGCCGCCAAGGAUACGACUGUGGGUGGUUACGUCAUACCCAAGGGAACCUCAGUGAUGCCCAACCUGACCUCUGUGCUGUUUGACAAGACUGAAUGGGAAACUCCCGACACAUUUAACCCUGAACACUUCCUGGAUGCAGAAGGAAAGUUUGUGAGGAGGGACGCAUUUUUACCUUUCUCUGCAGGAAAGCGUGCAUGUCUGGGUGAAGGCCUGGCCAGAGUGGAGCUGUUCCUGUUUUUCAUCACUUUGUUUCAGAAAUUUUAUUUUUCCACUCUGGAUGGAGUCGAGCUGAGUACAGAGGGAAUCAUCGGAGCCACACGCACGCCGUACCCCUUUAAGAUCUAUGCCAGAGCCCGCUGAACCCUGCAACAUAUCCCAAACUACAGACUGUUGCUUUAUACACAGACAACACAUGCUGCAUCUGUGGCUUGUUUUCCUGUCAAUACAAAUGCCAGAAUUCAACAAUAUGUCCUGUCUACAGCACGUGUGUGUCAAAUACUGGAACUGAUUAUGGUGGCAUGAGGGAAUGUUUUGUGUAAUAGGUAAUAGGGGAACUAUAGCCUGCUUUGUUCUGCUGCAGCACAUAAUA